AUGUUUCGUAGGUUUGCUAGCCUAGGAGCUGGUCUUGCAUGGGGAACAUUUCAAGAAUCUGCCAAAAGGCUUGUGUUUGGUACGUCUACCACGCAAGACAAACAAUCUGCUCUUUCCCCAUUUUUAUCUGAGAAAAAUGCAGACCGUUUGGCUCUUGCGUUAUGUAGAAUGCGUGGAGCAGCUCUUAAAUUAGGACAGAUGUUGAGCAUUCAAGAUGAAUCUCUUGUUCCUGCUCCGGAACGGCCAUGGGAAGGAUGUAAUGCUGGAAAAAUGAUUCUUGUAGAGGCUAGUCUGGUAAUUGUAUUCGGGAUAAGGUUGCAUGGCUCUGGUCAAAGGUGCUUGGAGGAGGAUUACACCCAGAAUAUCUUGGCUGCUUUGGAUAUUGUCCGUCAAGGUGCAGAUGUGAUGCCAAGGAGCCAGCUCAAUCAAGUUCUGGAUGCCGAAUUAGGUCCUGACUGGUCAUCUAAGUUGAUGAGUUUUGAUUAUCAACCAAUAGCUGCUGCAAGUAUCGGCCAGGUGCACCAAGCUGUCACUAAGGAUGGUUUAGAGGUUGCAAUGAAAAUUCAGUACCCUGGCGUUGCAGAUAGCAUCGAUAGUGACAUUGAGAAUGUGCAGUUGCUAUUGAAGUAUACAAACUUGAUUCCAGAAAAACUAUAUCUUGACAAUGCUAUGAAGGUGGCAAAAGAGGAAUUAUCUCGUGAAUGUGACUAUAAGUUAGAGGCAGCAAAUCAGAAAAGGUUUCGUAAUCUGCUAUCCAACACAAAAGGAUUCUAUGUUCCAAUGGUGGUGGAUGAUCUUUCUAGUAAAAGAGUUUUAACUUCAGAACUUGUUCCUGGAAUUCCAAUUGAUAAGGUGGCUUUACUAGACCAAGAGACUCGUAAUUAUGUUGGGAAAAAAUUACUUGAGCUUACAUUGACGGAACUAUUUGUCUUCCGCUUCAUGCAGACCGAUCCUAAUUGGAGUAACUUUUUGUACGAUGUGGCUGCAAGAUCAAUUAAUCUCAUUGACUUCGGAGCAGCUCAAGAUUACCCUAGAAGUUUUGUUGAUGAUUAUUUAAGAAUGGUUCUUGCUUGUGCAAAUAGUGAGCGAGAAGCUGUGAUUGAAAUGUCAGAGAGACUUGGGUUCCUCACAGGAAUGGAGUCGGAGAUAAUGUUAGAGGCUCAUGUUCAGGCUGCUUUUGUCGUGGGACUGCCUUUCUCAAAGCCUGGUGGUUAUGAUUUUCGCUCCACCAGUGUCACUCAAAGCAUUUCAAACAUUGGGGCAACAAUGUUGAGGCACAGGCUGACACCACCACCCAAGGAGGCCUACAGUCUUCACCGGAAGCUUUCUGGUGCUUUCCUUGCUUGCAUCAAGCUUGGGGCUGUUGUACCAUGCAGGGAACUUCUACUUGAUGUGUAUAAAAGUUAUCAGUUUAGUGAAGAUGGUGAGAUAUUGCCUACUGCUUCAAAUUCGCAAUAA